CCGCCCCCAUGUCUGCCAGCAGCAGUCGUCUGUCAGCCGGUUUAAAGUUUACAUGUGAGCCGGAGUCACCGCGAUCAAAGCUCCCCAAAGAUUUUCUGAUAACACAGGGGUCUGAGUGAGGCAUCGAGUUCCUGCAGGCAGAGAAGUGAAGCUGGAACUUUCUGUCUGUCUGUCUGUCUGUUGACUGCUGAGUUCAGACUGCAGCCCAGAGGAGAGGGUAUCCAUGGAAACAAGCAUGUCCACUGACCAGGAGCCCACCUUCACAGUGAAGCUGCUGCAGCUCCUGAUGCUCUCCACCUACUGGGGGAUGCAGAUCUGGGUCACCUUCAUUUCCAGCUUUGUGAUGGACAACCACCUGAACAGACACACGUAUGGGUUUAUUCAGAGUCGCCUCGUUCCCUUCUACCUCCACCUGGGUUCAGCGUGCGCCUUCUUCAACCUCACUAUCUAUGCUGUGUAUCAUCCCAGGGACAUGCUGGACGACAGAGAAUCUUUUCAGAUCUUCAUCUUCUUUGUGUCGGUGACAGUUGCAGCUGUCAAUGCUCAGUGGUUUGGCCAAAUGACGUCAGAGAUCAUGGCAGACAUGCACCUCAUUGAGCAGGCGUGUGGACUCGGUCAGGAUAUUGGAUUGUCAUCUAACCGCGAGGCCUACGCCAAGCUGCGCGAGACGGAUCUGAAAUACAGACACUUGAGCGGCCGCCUGUGGCUCUACAGGCUGCUGUCCUCUCUGUGUAACCUCUGCUGCAUCGGCUGCAACUUUUACAGUCUCUGUUACGUGGCUGAGAACCUCGUCACGCUGUAAAACUGACAUGUAGCUGCUGGACUGACACACUUUUUGAACUCUGCAUCACUCCACCGCAAGUUCAGGAGCACUUCCCUUCGGUAUGGAUGAAGUUGCUUGUAUUUACUAAUGUUUCUCCUUCUGUGUUGCUUCCAUUGAGAGUGAGGUGGAACGGCAGGUGAGCCUCGUUGUACUUGUGUCAUUGGUAGCAAUGAAAGGAAACACCCUCACACACAACCGGUCGUGCCUCAUUUCACGUCCGAGGGGCGUAGAGGGAUGACUGUGACGUCGCCUCACCCUUUACCCACUUUGCAUGAAAAAGGCGGCUGCCCUGAAAUUUCCUUUCAUUAUAUUUACAGUCAAUAUUGGACUUUGUAGUUACCCGAGACAGGUACAAUGUUUUCUUCUUUUUUUCAAUUCUGUAUUUGAAGUGUAAGAGACAUCAUUCUCAGAAAAUGUCUUGAUGCAUUGUACUUCUUUUUUUAUUUUUUUUUAAGUAUCCAACUGAUAGACAUGUUUACUGAAGGCACUGUUCACUCUCAGCUUGCUUUGUUACACCUGUGUGUGUGCGCGUGUGCGUGCGUGCGUGUGUGUGUGUGUCACAUUUCAGAGUGAAAGGUUGUGCUAUCUUUAGCUCUCCAGGCUGCUGCUGGUAUGAAAAAGAAGAGUUCAAACUCCUCUCGACUGGUGUGCAGUCAGUGUGUAAGUUGUUGAAAAUAGACGGCAUUAGAGUUACUCGGUGUUUUGGAGGUACAGUACUCCUGUCCUGCUGGUCAAGUGAGGACGGUUCGAAUUAGUUGCACAGCAGGUUAGUCUUGUUAAGAGUCGUCCAACUGGUAGUGUUACGCUACACCUGGGACUGUUAGUGCCAGUCAUGAAGACUCCACGGUUUGCAGAGGAAUCAUUGUUAUCAGUCCUGCUGGGUAGCUUUUGAUAAAGUCACAAACUAACGGAUAUUAAUCUUCAGUUCAAAUGAUUUUCUAUUGCGUCUGAGUCUGAUGUGUACCUAUUUAGACCAAACGUCUAUGACAGUGCUAACGGAGGCCUGUGUUCCUAUUAUUUGAUCCCGUAAUUCUGCGUAGCCUCUUGACUCCUGACAGUGCAGAUGUGGCUCUGUUAAUCAUGUGUCGACUUGGGCAGCAGAGCGUCUGCCCUCGUGCCGUGAUCGUACAGAGCGGCUGUGACGUGCUCACGUCUCCUAGCUGUUUCCCAGGGUCACGGCUCGGUGUUUCAUACUACAUUAAAGGGAAAGCGGUGCAAGUGCACAAACAAAUCCCACUGUGAUCUUUUAAGGGCCUCCAGGGGAUUAAUAGUUAGCUUUAUUUGAAGACCUGCAUGACAUCCAAAUACUCCAAAGUCUCCAUUUCCAUGUCAAUGUGUUUCUACCCUAAAAUGUGCUUUUGGAGGGGAAAUCAUGUUAAGUAGGGAAGGAGUUGGGGAGGACGGAGGGUCUGUCUUUUUUAGUUUGUUUGUUUUUUUUUUUUAAUGGGAAUUCCUUAAGUUUGUUUUAUUUAAUGUAAUACUUCAUGUACUGAUGUACUUUUGUGCUUUGUUGACUGUGGGGGAAAACGUAUAACUGAAAAAUGAGGUUUUAUGUUGUAUUCUCAAUGCAUAUCUCUGGUUGUUUCUCAAAGAGUGGUUUUAUUGCCCAGCGAUGAUCAGAGGACAGUCAAAUUAUUUUUUAGUUAUCCUUGUUUCCACAUAUUGACAUUAUGCACUCUCAUGUUGAAAACAGUCCUUCCUUGUCGACGCAUAAGUGAACCUUGAUAUGUUCUCGUUUGUUCUGGGUUGUUGUGUGUCUUUGACAUACACUUAUUUGAAUUAAAGUAAAAUAAAAAAAAAACAAAACCUCCAAUUCCUGUACUGGGUACAUAUCCUACUAGUUUUCUUUCAUUUGCUAGGGACUGAGAUAUAGUUGGAGUUGAAACGGUGCCUUUUAUAUAAUUGUUACUUGCCAAAACAAUGCAAUAUUAUCCUGUACUUGUUUUAAAUGAAAUGCAUAUUACUCAAAUUCUGUCAGUUCAGCCAGUUUAUAAUAUAUAAAUGUGUUUGUACAUAAAAAGUAACAAUUGUAGGUUCAUGUGUUACGUCUUAAGGUUUUACUGAAAGCUAAUUUUUAAAAUGGUAGGUAGCUUUAAGUGUUGAUUGACAGUCUGCUCGGCCAAUGGCUAGCCGGUAUCACUUUCUCAUCCGUAAACGACCUUCAGUGGAGCAACCAUCCGCCUUUAUGAACCCAGCCUCGACUAAACGCCACGGUCAUUUUUGAUUUCGCCUUCGAGUCGACAUGUUAAAUAUUUCCUUCAGUUGAACAGACAAAACUGAAGUAGUUGUUUUUGGACCAAAAGAAAAGCAUUUAAGAGUCCUACAAACCACUGAUGAGGCCCAAAAAAUGGGUGUAGUCAUGGACUCAGAGCUGAACCUUCAGAGACAUUAAAACAAUUACAAAGUCAGCCUUCUGUCACCUGAAGAACAUCUCCAGGAUUAAAGGACUAAUCUCUACCUAGUCUCAGCAGGAUCUUGGAAAAACUCAUCCAUGCAAUGAUCUUCAGUGAAAUUAAUUAGU